UUUACAAUCAGAUACAUUCUUUUUUUCGUAUAAUAUGGCACUGGUAAAAGCAAAAGUUGUAUAAAGUUAUCAGAAUAAUUGCAAUAUUUUAUAAAAAUAAUUUAAAUAUCUUCAGAUUUAUUAUUGCACUUGCAACGUAUGAAAACACGUUGAAUUAUACUACCGUAUAAUAGAGAGAUUAGGAUAAAGGUUUUCAAAAUUCCCGCCAUAACCUAAGUAGCGUACGUGAAAUGUUUUUUUUAUUUUUCAAUUAAUUAUGGCGGAUCUAGAAUGGUGUGUGAACGAAGUUCAUAAUCAUUUUGUGUGAGUGCAUACCAGUUGUAAAACGUUAAUGUGAUUGCUAAAAUUCGUCCGCACCGCAAAGGUGUAUGCCUGGGUGGGCGGAAACAAGAUAUGGCGGAGAAUAGAGGUUCGGACAACGUCGUUAUGCCGGACAUUACCGAAGUAUCCGAAGCCGAUCCCCUGUCGGCGGGGGCCGAUCACGAUGCCGACCGAUCUGAUGGCGGGGCUGUUUUGUCGACUGCAAUCAAAAAUACGAGAUUAUCUAGUGAUUCUAAUGGCGUCGUCACGGUACCAGUUUCUCUGCCGGUCGGCACACUUAUUACUGGCACCACAUUUAACGUGAUAACGUCAGAUCAGUUGCCACAUUUCAAACCUAUGAUAUGUGUUGAUAAUGGGUUUAUAUCAGGUGGGCCCGUAUCUGUGUCAGAUGACAUAAAACCAACUCAUAUUGUGAUCCAAAACCCUAAUUCGCCAGUGACACGACCAGAGGAGAGUAGCUCUAGUGCAUCAAGUGCUCGACAUACAAGCGCUCGAUCAUGGGCUGAGACUGCUAGCAUGCCAAUACUGCCUAUUCGAUGUAAAAAUACGCCAGCCGAACUUCAUAAACAAAGAUUUGGUUCUGGGGGUAGAGGAAGGUGUAUAAAAUACGGAAUGGAAUGGUACACUCCUAGUGAAUUUGAAGCCUUAUGUGGAAGGGCUUCUAGUAAAGACUGGAAAAGAUCUAUUAGGUUUGGAGGGCGCAGCAUCCAGGCACUGAUAGAUGAGGGAAUACUGACCCCUCAUGCCACAAGCUGUACUUGUGGGGCUUGCUGUGAUGACCAGACAGCGAUGGGACCAGUACGAUUAUUCACACCAUAUAAAAGAAGAAGACGUCACAAUCAAGAUGGGGAAGAGAAAAAGCCGAAAUUAAAAAGAGAAUCCAGUAUAGGAGAUGGUGAUGUUGAUAAUAUACACCAGAGCAGCAACAAUAGCAAUAAUUCUAAGGAAGCCUGGCAGAGUAUUGCCGAGGGAUUGGAUACCAAUGCUGACUACCAUUUAUUAGAGAAUCCAGACACCAAUGCUGAUUCUAUUUCAGGCUAA